UAUUACCAAUUAAAUUUAAAACCAACAAAUGAAGCGAGUUACCAAAACAAAGAAAAAUGAAGUGAUUUUGUAACUAAAGGGAGCGAACACUGCACAUAUUCCCCUUUCUCAAACCAACCUUAUCCCAUUUAUCCUCUCAAUCAUGGCCAUGGCAUCACUACUUCUUGCAUCACCUUCUCCACUCUCCAUUCAAUUCAACACUUCUUCCUCUCAUCUUUCCUUCUCUCACUCUCAAACUUUUCAAUCACCACUCUUCGUUUCAUUCUCUUCCCUCUCUGCCUCUUCAACUUCCUCUCUUUCAGCAACCCCUUUUGUGUAUUGUGGCAGAGGCGAUAGGAAAACUGCGAAGGGGAAACGAUUCAACCGUUCGUUUGGAAAUGCAAGGCCAAGGAACAAGAACAAGGGUACAGGACCACCAAAGAUUUAUACUCCACCGGAUCCUACCAAGAAAGAGAAGCUUGAAGAUAAGGAGGUGAUGAAGAUUGAAAUUAAUGAAUCCCUCUUUAAUUGAUGAUUUUAGUGGUUUCAUUGUAUUUUUUUCUUCCGGUCUUUCAUGACUUGUAGUUUUUGAUAUAUGGAUUCCAUUUGGCAUUACUAUUUGGAUUUUGCUUGUUAUCUUUAUUUGAGUUCACUUCUCUA